GGUAAGUCCUUCUGCCUUUGCAAAGCCUUGGGGAAGCAGUUGGAAAGCAGCCGAUGCCCACUUCUGCCAGACUAUGCCCCUGAGUACUGCUUAGUUAUCCGCAGAGACAGUGGGGGAGGGAACAGGCUCUCCUAGCUUAUUGAGAGCCCCCCUUCCCAAACCUCUUCCGAACCUGGCACAAGAUUUUAUAUUUGGCAUUGAUGUUUGACUCAGGAUAUGGACCAAGGCAGUCUCACCAAAAAAUUGUUCCAAGUAAGUAUAUUUAUUAUGAAAAAUGAAGAACUUACUCUCAAUUACAAACUCAGAAACCUGGAGUACUAAAAGGAGUAACUACUACUCAGAUCACAUAGAAGGAAGUGGAAAGACAAGGGAAAAAGUUGCCAUGUUGUAUCCUCAUGGAUAAUGUUGUUUGCCCAGCACCAGAUAUGAAGUUCAUUAAGGUCUGAUUGCUGUCAUCCUAUUAAUGUGGAUCUGGUAAAAUGGAUGAAACAACAGAACUGAGGACGGAUGGAAAUUCACUCUUAAAGGCUGUAUGGCUAGGAAGGCUUAGGUUGACUAGACUCCUUCUGGAAGGUGGGGCCUACAUUAACGAAAGCAAUGACAAAGGGGAAACAGCACUCAUGGUGGCAUGCAUCACUAAGCAUGUCGACCAACAAAGCAUCAGUAAGUCCAAGAUGGUCAAAUACCUGUUAGACAAUAGGGCAGACCCUAAUAUUCAGGAUAAGUCAGGAAAAACUGCUCUUAUCCAUGCUUGCAUUAGGAAAGCAGGAGGAGAAGUAGUUUCCUUGUUACUGGAAAACGGUGCUGAUCCUAGUUUAGAAGACCGUUCCGGAGCUUCAGCUCUGGUUUAUGCCAUUAAUGCUGAUGACAAGGAUACUCUGACACAUCUCCUGAAGGCCUGCAAGGCAAAGGGAAAGGAGGUGAUCAUCAUAACUACUGAUAAAUCAUCUUCAGGCACCAAAACAACUAAGCAGUAUCUUAACAUCCCACCUUCACCAAAGUUUGAAGACAGGCAAUCACCUGCUUUGUGCAUGUCCCCAUCUGACAUUGAAUUAAAGACACCAGGUUUGGGAGCUCCACCCAGAGAAAAGGAAGAUGAUUUCUUUAGCCUUCAUUCAGGAUGUUCAAGUGGAUGCCAUGCUAUCAAGGUUCCCAGUGAAGCCUUGUCACCCACCAGGAAAGUUGGUAACCUCAAAAGAGCCCGCUUGCCCCGGUUGAAGAGGCUACAGUCAGAACCCUGGGGUUUGAUUGCACCAUCUGUGCUAGCAGCUUCUUCCCAUCAAGAGGAGACCAAAAGUGUCUGUGCAGAUGAUGAAAUCAUCAUGGGCAUCAAUGACUUGUCCUUCUCCAAAAGGGCACCCCUUUCAAGGAAUAACAGCAUUGAAGGCAAAGACUCUACUCUCUUCCCCACCGUCACUGACCAAGUUUUAAAGAUCCCAUCCACUUCUACACCAGCAUCGUGGAAAGCAGCCUAUGAGAAAAAUCAACCCAUCCAUCAGCGCCUAGCCAGAAGGAGCACUCUUCCUGCUGAUCAAGAUAAUUCAAGCAUUACCACCUCGACAUCAGCCACCAUCAAGGAUUCAGCUUCUCUAAGAAGGUUAGAAAAUGGUCACUAUGAUUCAGAUAUACAGCUCUGUGGCGACUCACCAAAUUCCAUGGCCCUUGAUAAUGGUAAAGUGCCAAUGGAUAGGAAAAAACUCAACAGCUCUCACUUGGCUUUAUUUAAUGGCUCUCGGGAAUCUGUUGAGGGGGUGCCUAGCACUUCCCCGGGGUCAGUUCGGCGUAGGCCCCCCAACUUGUUGGAAAGACGAGGUUCUGGAACUCUUUUACUUGAUCAUAUUUCUCAUACCAGGCCUGGAUUUUUGCCCCCUUUAAAUGUGAAUCCUAAUCCACCCAUUCCUGAUAUCAGGUCCAGCAGUAAACCUUCUUCCCCACUUGCUAGUGGCUUAAAACCUAUGGUCCCUGUUGCUCCAAAUUCACCAAAGAGAGUUGAUUUAAGAAACAAAAAGAAGCUGAUAAGAAGAUAUUCUAUGCAGGUUGAACAGAUGAAGCAACUGUCAGAUUUUGAAGAAAUUGUGACUUAGUAGCUAUAUUUUAGAAUUUUUUUUCAAAAAAAAAUCUAGAAAAGUUGCAAAAGGAACUUUCUUUUAGACCAGUACAAUAAUGUAGAUCAUUGCUGCACAAAAAAAUAUUCCAUAAUGUUAUUCUAUUGCUGCUUCAGAAUAGAUACAUAUACAUGUAUACGCAUACACAUGUGAACAUAUAAUUUACAUAUAUACAUACACAUGUAUAAACACACAUAUAUGUAUGAUGCCACUCAACCACUACUGAAAUCAUCAUUGAGUUUUUAAUGGUCCUCCAUAGCAUGCAGUAAUUUGGAUUUUGAGAUGAUUCAAAAAUGUUUUUGUAAUGAACGAAAAAACCUUUGAAUUCUGAAAGCAACGUUGCAAAAAUAGUCAUUUGAGCCAGUAACUCCAAUCAUUUUCUGCUUGUUAAAUAGAAAGAAAACGAGACUUUCAAAAACUAACUGAAUUAUGUCAUGUUUAAUGAAUUUAUAAAGUGCCUAACAAGAAACUGAGGCUUUAAUUUUUGUCAAAAAGUGCAAAAAAGUUGACACAAAACCCUUAAGUAUUAUAUCCAGGUCUGUGUGUCCAAGCUAAAAAAAAAAAAGUUGAAAGUGCACUGUUCUCUCCUCAAAAGAUUCCAUCACUGUAAUGCUGCAUGUCAUUAUCUUAUAAGUAGCAGCCAUACUAUGGCAGAGCUUUCUUAUAAAAUGGCUCAUGAUUACGCUGAUUCAGCAGUACGACAGGUCGUAUGAUAUCCCUAGACCAGAACAACUCCAGAUCCCUCCAAGUUGAGGCAUGAGGCUGGUAUUAGUCCUGAUCCUCCCUCCCCCUCUCUCCCUUCCCUCUCCUCUCCUCAUAACGGCAUUAUAGAAGGAUCCCUCUAUUUUAGUGAAACUAAUAACUUUGCAAGGUUGGGGUAAAAGUUCCUACAAAACCUUGACAGCAAGGAUUCUCAUUCAGAGAAAUGUCUUGGUUCAAGAAAAGUUAGGGAAUUACAUACCUAAACCCGGAAUGAGGCUUGAUGAAGCUAUGUCCUCAGCCUAAUGUGUUCAAUAUUCUAUAUGACAUUAAGAGAAAAACUUGAACAAUUCUGCUUAGCAUAAAAUCGAAUGGAGAGCUGAUGAUUUUUUAAUGAAUGCCAUGUGCACAUCUAAUCUAGGCUCUAGGGUCCCCUCUAGUAUCCAGGGCAUCUCAGGAAAUGUCAAUUUAGUUGUUUGACUGAGCGAUCUGGAUACCAUGAUGCAGUGGGAAACCCAGUCUGGAGUCUAAGGACUUGAGUUAGAAUUCCAGCUGCACAGCCUAUACUGUAUGAAACCUUGGGCAAGGCACAGGAUUUCUCUAGGAUUCACUUAUCUGUAAAAAUGAGCAGAUUGGAAUAGAUGUCUGAUAGAUGUUAGAAGUCUGAGGUACUUUUGAGCUAAAUUUGUGGUUCUAUGAAAAUUAGAUCUGGGAAGCCUAUAAAUCCUCCUGCCCCCUCCCCUAAAACAGAAUGAAAUCAACAAGAGAAAUAGUGCUUUGCUUCCUCCCCUUCCCCACUAUCCCACAUGGUGGCAUCGCACGAUUUCAGAUGAAAAAGUGCUUGGUUGUCUAUCCCUUCCACACCUCCCCACUUGGUGCUUGGACAUGGUUGUUUCCCAGUUUAAAUACACACACAUACACACACAACACACACACACACACACACACACGUCAUGCUUAAGGAAUGAAAGAAAAGAGAGCAGUUAGUUUUGUUCAAAUCUAUUGUUCUUGAACCACUUGCUUCACUAUUAGUGUUUACUAUACAUGUUGGAACAAUAGAGGCGUCUUCUUGAUGCAACAAGUAUUACUGUGCAACUGGGAUCUUAGGCAAAGGAGAAAAUGAACAUUGUAAGUUAAAGUCAGAAUUCUAAAGAGUAAGUGCAGAUAACUAUUAUUCCUAGCUCCUUUUUUAACAAAACAUGUUUUGCAGCACUUUAAUCAUUAUUGUUGUUAAUGUCAGUUAAGUACUCAAGUAAUACUAUCUAGCUAUAAAAAUAACCAGACCCAAGCAUAAAAAAACAUUUUUAAUAGUGAGGCAGCCUGUGGUGUCAGGGAGAGAGUGUUGGUCUAGGAGCCUUUCUAACACUUACUGGACUGUGUGACCCUGGGCAAGUCACUUGACUUCUCUGUGCCUCAGUUUCCUCAUCUGUAAAAUGAGGAUAAUAACACUUCACUACCUACUUCAGGUGAUUGUUAUGUGGACACACUUUGUGAACCAUAAAGCUCAAUAUAAAUGUGAAUUAUUAACAAGAAUAGAUGUUUUAGGAAACACUCAGAAGACUAAUGUAGUCUAAAUAUUCACCUGGCUACUUUAUAUUACUUAAUAUAGGUGAAAUGUUAGACACAGUCAACUGUACAUUAAGAAUAGAUUAUUCAUUUCCCAGAUACAUAGUAGGAAAUGCUCUCCAGUCAUUCCUUUGCCUAUAUCAGCUGCCAAAUAUUCCUCUGGCCUAUAUUUAUAAAGCAGUCUUCAUGAUAGCACCAUCACAUUCCAUUGCUACAUGAAAAUGCAUUAGCUGACCUAGACUGUUUCAAACCACAACUACCAUCACCACCACCAGAAUACCCUGGCAUAGUUAAUGCAUAAACCAGCAGUUUUUGUCUGUGUUAAACAUAGUACAAGAACAUCCUUUUAAAGUAUAUUCUAGAUUUAAAUAUGCUUUUUAGGUCACAGGUGAGUGUCUAUUUUUAGAGCCUUAAAAUUGCUGUUUGCAUUUCCUACAUACUGUAAUGUCAAUAUGGAAUAAAUACCCUUGAGGUUAUAGUGAACUCCAGGCAUUCGUGUAUCUCUCAAACUAGAUUCCAGACAGUGAAUAAAAAUCCUAGAGUCUUUAGCUUACAUUAAUGUUUUAGACAUUCUGAAACACUUUUUUUAAACACACCAUCAACUUAUUUAGGAAUUCAAUAGAGUAAAUGGUGCCCUUGCUAAAUCCAGGUUGUGUUCUGAGCUUCCUACAUUCUGUAUUUUGGGACUUAAUAUGUGCCAAGUGCUGCUUGAUCUUAUUCACUACUGUAUGCCAUUAUAUUAUUAUUUGGGUUUUAUAGUGUGUGCAAAAUAAUGUUUAAGUAAUCCAUGGAACUGGUUAGACACUUCUAGCAUAUUAAUAAAGGGUUUAGUGCCAUUCUUUGA